AUGGAUAUGACAAAAGAGAAUAAGACAAGAAGUAAACAAAGAAGGAAGAAUGAAGAAGGGCAGAUGGAUAAAGAGGGCAAAAAGAGGCAAAAAAAGGAAAUAAUAGUCAUAGAAGACAGUGAAAAAGGAGACAGGAAUGACAUUAUGAAGAGAGGAGAACAGAAGAGAGGAAGAGAGAGAGAAAUCGACAUAGGAGAUGAAGAGAAACAGGGCGAAAGACAGACAAGAGACAGAAGAUGA